GGAGUGUCUGUACGCGCAGCUCGAGAGCAAAAUCACUCACGUGUGCUCACUGAACAUACCCCUAUCUGAAAGCCCAUCUCGUGAGACGCAGGUGAAGGGGGCAGCGUCAGGCGCGUCAGUGCGCGCUCACAUCAGAUGGAGUUCUGUUCCGCAGUUCAGCGAGCGCGAGGCAAGGCAGAUUCACCUGCUGGAGCACUGUGAUCAAGCUGCGGGAAAAACGCUAUAAGAAGUUGCUGUUUGAAUAAUUACAGUGAUUUUUGCCGCACAGUGUUGGGAUUAAAAUGAAGGACACGUUUUGUGGGAAUAUUAAACAUGCAGAUACACGAGAGCUUUAAAGAAACAUCUCUGAGCAACCAAGAACACUAGACGAAAGCGAUGCAACUCGCUCCCUUACAGACCUCGCGACGAAACAGCUCAGAUUGAUUUUUUCUUUUGGGAUGUAUUCGCGAAAGGAUUACGAAGAUUGCUUAAGCUUUUACAAAGAAAACCUUCAAAUUUGUUAAGAAAUAACAAAAUGAGCAGUCGCACAUAAGUGAGACAACUACUGUGAAGAUUUUCGAAUUAAAACAGCAGACAAAGGUAAUAUGCGCUGUUUUCCCUCCAGACAAAUCGUUCGCAUUCUGUUUCAAACUUAAGGAGUAUUCACCAUCGGAAAAAAUGGAAAGAAGAUCAACGGAUAACAACGAUCAGUUGGAUUUUCUGGAUAUAGGAGUAGCUACAGAAAUAAUGUAUUGUUCUAAAUGAACAAAUCGAUUGUCAAAAUACGGAGAAAAAAACUCAUGCGAGGAGUUAUCACUGUCACAAUGCUGGUCUGAGUUUUGGCUCGUAAUGUUAUUGGCUGGAGACAAGUCAUUUUGUGGACGGUUAACCAGAGGUUAUGUAAUGCAAGAACUGGGAAUGACAUUUUCCUGUCACAGAGCUGUAAGCAGGAAUUUUGCAUCAGUUUGACGAGGCGGUUUUCUCCCUUCUAGGAUCUUUGUUAAAAUCAACGUCGGUCUUUUUUUAGUUCCCUGCGGCACGCGAUUUUGAUGUCAGACGAGGCUGCUGCUCCGUCGCCAUGACGACCGAGGAGUGUCCCGUGCCGCUUGGCGUGAGCCAGGUGGGGGUGGGGCGGUGCGAGGACUUCGGCUCCUCUCAGGGAGAUGACAUCAUCGAAGAGGUGGGGCCUUGCGAUGAUGCAAGCAGCGAUCUCAGCACCUUGGUCGUGCCAUUUCCUGAGUUGGCGCCAGUGGUUUUCUUCUGUCUCAAGCAGACCACCUGCCCACGUAGCUGGUGCAUUCGCAUGGUGUCGAGCCCGUGGUUUGAGCGCAUCAGUAUCAUGGUAAUCCUGCUGAACUGCGUCACUCUUGGGAUGUACCAGCCCUGCGAGAACAUCGACUGCACUUCAGAGCGCUGUCAGAUUCUACAGGCCUUCGAUGCAUUUAUCUAUAUUUUCUUUGCAUUGGAGAUGGUUGUGAAGAUGGUGGCUCUGGGGAUCUUUGGCCGUCGCUGUUACCUUGGCGAUACUUGGAACAGAUUGGACUUUUUUAUCGUCAUGGCAGGGAUGGUUGAAUACUCCCUUGAUCUCCAGAACAUCAACUUCUCGGCCAUCAGAACAGUGCGAGUACUCAGACCCCUGAAAGCCAUCAACAGAGUACCCAGUAUGCGAAUUCUAGUUAACCUGCUCCUGGACACUCUGCCCAUGUUGGGAAACGUGCUCCUACUCUGUUUCUUUGUCUUCUUCAUUUUUGGCAUCAUUGGAGUACAGUUGUGGGCUGGACUACUGAGGAAUCGCUGUUACCCAGAGGAAAACUUCACCCUCAAAUCUGGCCUUACCCUUCCCACCCCAUAUUAUCAGCCUGAGGAGGAUGAUGAGCGACCCUUCAUCUGCUCGCUGGCUCAAGAUAAUGGCAUCAUGUCUUGCGGUGACGUGCCUGCUCGGCGAGAGGGCGGUCGGGAAUGCUGUCUGGAUAAAGAGGACGCGCUGCACCGUCAAGCCCUGGGCCUCAGCGCAGAGCCGCUGGUCAAUGGCAGUGCCUCUGCCAUGGGUCUCUGUGUCAACUGGAAUCAGUAUUACACCCGCUGUCACACCGGGCACACCAAUCCUCAUAAAGGUGCAAUUAACUUCGACAACAUCGGUUAUGCCUGGAUUGUCAUUUUUCAGGUCAUCACUCUGGAGGGCUGGGUAGAGAUCAUGUACUACGUCAUGGAUGCUCAUUCUUUCUACAACUUCAUCUACUUUAUAUUCCUCAUCAUCAUUGGAUCUUUCUUCAUGAUUAAUCUGUGCCUGGUCGUCAUUGCCACACAGUUUUCAGAGACCAAGCAACGGGAACAUCAGCUAAUGCAGGAGCAACGCGCUCGCUACCUGUCCUCUAGCACGCUGGCGUCACUCGCCGAGCCCGGCGAUUGCUACGAAGAGCUUUUCCAGCUGGUCUGCCACAUCCUGCGCAAGGCCCGACGCCGCUCAGCCGCCCUUUACUACAUGUUACGUGGCAAAGCCCCUCCCCCUGGAGGUGGGAGGGGGCGUGGCAGGGGAGGAAAAGGCUCGACAGGUGGAGGUGCUAAUGUUAAUGGAAGAGAAAGACACCACUGCCACUUAGCUCACGUGGCUCACUGUAUUCACGAAAGUAAGUUGGACCGCGGCUCCCAUACCCUAGAGAACGCCAUCUCCCUCUCUGUCACUCCGAACCCAGGGGAAUGCCCACAUUGUGCCGCAGCCCUGUCAAUCAAAGAGGGGACGGGGUCGAUGGAUCACUCAGCCAAUGGGGAGGAAGAGGAGAGCGACAGGGAUGAGAGAGAGGAAGAGACAGAGGAAAUGCAAAAGAGGAAAAGCACCUGUUUCGCAAAAUGCACGGAGCUCUGGAAAGAAAUGACGGUGAAGCUAUGGGGUAUUGUGGAGAGCAAGUACUUCAACAGAGGAAUCAUGAUCGCCAUUCUUAUCAAUACUAUCAGCAUGGGCAUCGAGCACCACAACCAGCCAGAUGAGCUGACUAAUGUCCUGGAGAUUUGUAACAUAGUAUUUACCAGCAUGUUUACCCUGGAGAUGAUCCUGAAGCUCACUGCAUUUGGCUGUUUUGCAUAUUUGAGAAACCCCUAUAACAUCUUUGAUGGCAUCAUUGUGAUCAUCAGUGUUUGUGAGAUCAUCGGUCAGUCUGAUGGAGGUCUGUCUGUCCUGAGGACGUUCAGACUGCUGAGAGUCAUAAAGCUAGUGCGGUUUAUGCCAGCUCUACGCAGACAGCUAGUGGUCCUCAUGAAGACUAUGGACAAUGUGGCCACCUUCUGCAUGUUACUAAUGUUAUUCAUCUUUAUAUUCAGUAUUCUUGGAAUGCACAUCUUUGGCUGUAAGUUUAGCCUGAAGACAGAAGCUGGGGACACGGUACCCGAUAGAAAAAAUUUCGACUCUUUGCUUUGGGCCAUUGUCACGGUGUUUCAGAUCUUAACUCAGGAGGAUUGGAACAUGGUUCUCUAUAAUGGCAUGGCCUCUACUUCCCCCCUGGCAGCCCUGUAUUUUGUCGCCCUCAUGACCUUUGGGAACUAUGUUCUCUUCAAUCUGCUUGUGGCCAUCUUAGUGGAAGGAUUUCAGGCUGAGGGCGAUGCUAAUCGUUCCUACUCGGAUGAUGACAGAUCCUCCUGUAACUUAGAAGAAUCAGAGAAGAAAGAUUCACUUCAGCUCUCAGAUCCAAAGAUUUCAACGUUGACCCCUAAUGGGCAUCUGGACUUGUCCCCUGCGCUCAACGCCAGAGGCCUGUACCCAUCAGAAAGGCUGAGCUUUGCCCUGGGUUCUCGCAAGAGCAGCGUAAGCUCUCUGGGCAGGGCAAGCCUGGAACAGACGACUCUGUGCCCCGGACGAGCCUCUCUGUACCACAACUGGGGGCGGCCCGCUCAACAAGGUGUGUGGAGUCGCAGGUCAAGUUGGAACAGCUUGGGCCGAUCCUCUAGAUACCUGGGGAUGGGCGGAGGCGGAAGUUUAAGGGUCCGCAGCCCCCACUCCCACCCUGCCGAGCAAGAGUCCCUGCUCUCUCCCCCUCCACCCCCCCUGCAUCCGCCUCUCCUCUCCAGACACUUUGUACCGUGCAGAGAACGGCGGGCCCUCUCUCUGGAGCUUCCAGAGCUGCUGCAGGUUCCCGGACCUGCCUUGCCUCCCCUGCAUCCCCGUCAGCGUAAGAAGAGCAUCUCCGGUGGGGUAGGAGAGCACCAGGACUGUAAUGGGAAGACACCUUCAGUCCAACCUCAGAUCAUUAAUGAAGUCUACCCUCAGGUCAACACACGCAAGGAGAGGGAGGAUCUGGAUGAUGAGCUGGACUAUAGUUUAUGUUUCCGGCUCCAGAAGAUGAUAGAGGUGUACAGACCAGACUGGUGUGAGACCAGGGAGGAUUGGUCCGUCUUCCUCUUUUCUCCGCAAAACAAGUUUAGGUUGAUGUGUCAGUCCAUCAUAGCUCAUAAGCUGUUUGACUAUGUGGUCCUGGCCUUCAUCUUCUCAAACUGCAUCACUGUGGCUUUGGAGAGACCCAAGAUACUUCAGGGUAGUCUGGAGAGGCUUUUCCUCACCGUGUCCAAUUACAUUUUCACAGCCAUAUUUGUGGGAGAAAUGACACUCAAGGUGGUGUCCAUGGGUUUGUAUAUUGGUGAGCAGGCGUACUUGCGUAGCAGCUGGAACAUUUUGGACGGUUUUCUGGUGUUCGUUUCUUUGAUUGACAUCGUUGUGUCUAUGGCGGGCGGGGCAAAGAUCCUGGGCGUGCUCAGGGUUCUGAGGCUUCUGCGCACGCUGCGCCCCCUCAGGGUUAUCAGUCGAGCUCCUGGCCUCAAGCUGGUUGUGGAGACUUUGAUCACUUCUCUGAAGCCUAUAGGAAACAUAGUUCUCAUCUGCUGUGCCUUUUUCAUCAUUUUUGGCAUCCUAGGAGUCCAGCUUUUCAAAGGCAAGUUCUACCACUGCUUAGGCCUGGAUGUCAAAAACAUCACCAACAAGUCUGACUGCCUUUCGGCCAAUUACAAGUGGGUCCAUCACAAGUACAACUUUGACAACUUGGGGCAGGCUUUGAUGUCCCUGUUUGUCUUGGCGUCCAAGGACGGUUGGGUCAAUAUCAUGUAUCACGGUCUAGAUGCAGUAGGAGUUGACCAGCAGCCCACAAUCAAUAACAACCCGUGGAUGCUGCUGUACUUCAUCUCCUUCCUCCUCAUCGUCAGUUUCUUCGUGCUGAAUAUGUUUGUGGGCGUGGUGGUGGAGAACUUCCACAAGUGCAGACAGCACCAGGAGGUGGAGGAGGCCAAGAGGAGGGAGGAGAAGAGACUAAGGCGCAUGGAGAAGAAAAGAAGGAAGGCCCAGAAGUUGCCCUACUAUGCCAGUUACAGUCAUGUGCGGUUGAUGAUCCACACCCUCUGCACCAGUCACUACCUGGAUAUCUUCAUUACCUUCAUCAUCUGUGUGAACGUUGUGACUAUGUCACUAGAGCACUACAGCCAGCCUCAUUCUCUGGAGAUUGCGCUCAAAUACUGUAAUUAUUUCUUCACCAGCACCUUUGUGCUGGAGGCUGUCCUAAAGCUCAUCGCGUUCGGCUUCCGACGUUUCUUCAAAGACAGGUGGAAUCAGCUGGAUCUGGCUAUAGUUCUCCUGUCAGUCAUGGGCAUCACGCUGGAGGAGAUUGAGAUCAGUGCUGCUCUUCCCAUCAACCCCACCAUUAUACGCAUCAUGAGGGUCCUACGCAUCGCCCGUGUGUUAAAGCUGUUGAAGAUGGCCACAGGAAUGAGAGCCCUGCUGGAUACGGUAGUUCAAGCGCUGCCACAGGUGGGGAAUCUUGGCCUGCUCUUCAUGCUUCUGUUCUUUAUUUAUGCCGCUCUUGGGGUGGAGUUGUUUGGAGAGCUGGUGUGUAAUGAGGAUUACCCGUGUGAAGGCAUGAGUCGUCACGCUACCUUUGAGAACUUCGGCAUGGCGUUCCUCACUCUCUUCCAGGUUUCCACUGGUGAUAACUGGAACGGUAUAAUGAAGGACACUCUUCGUGAAUGCCCGCCAGGCGAAUACACCUGUAAUCCCAGCCUGCAAUUCAUCUCGCCGCUGUACUUUGUGAGCUUUGUGCUGACAGCCCAGUUUGUUCUCAUCAAUGUGGUCGUGGCAGUGCUGAUGAAACACCUGGACGACUCGAACAAAGAAGCCCAGGAAGAGGCUGAGAUGGAUGCGGAGAUUGAACUGGAGCUGGCCCAGGGAACGCUCUGCUGCAUCGGAGGAGUGGGAGGAGGUGGAGGAGGCGGAGGGGUGGAGAGGACUGGAGGGGGGAUUCAGGCAGCUGGCCCAAGCUCUGCUAUUCAACCUCACUCCCCAAAUACACUCCCGGGGACCUGUGAGCCCAACAGUGCCAGGAAACUCUACUCCCCGGCCCAGGAAAACCUGUGGCUGGACAGUGUCUCUUUGCUCAUCAAAGACUCAUUUGAAGGAGAGAUGCUGAUGAUUGACAACCUCUCAGGCUCAGUCUUCCAUCAUUAUUCCUCCCCACCCAUCUGCAAAGACUGCAGGACUCACCCACAAGAGCAGAUCCACAUGGCUGAACUGGAGCAGGCAUCUUUACGGUCAGAGCAGCUCUCAGAUAAGUCAUCUUCACCAGCGCUACCCGAUGACCUCAGUCUGGAUGAACAGAGCGUCUACCAGAUGGCUACUAAGGAUGGCAAGGAAAGGAGCUGUGAUGAAUGUCUGACCUCAGAAGAACCAGGAGGGAAAGAUCACAGCAGGUUGCAAAGACCCUGUCGAGUUUACAGCUCCGGGGCCGAGGAAGGGGCGGCGGGACCCGGCACUGGUUUUCAAAGUCCUCAUCAAUGUCACAACACGCCUGCUCGUCACAGCAUCGGUGGAGUACCCUGUAGCAGUAGUAAUCAAGAGUCCACCGAUGUCUCUGGAGGUUCGAGUGGCUCCAACACUCCCAUUCAUCUCCCCGCUGAAUUCUUCCACCCGGCAGCCGCGGCCCUCCCUGCUCCCCCCAGGGGCCGACUGGGACACAAACCAAGAGGGCUUCGGCUGACUUCACCGGCCUCGUGGGCUUCUCUGCGCUCUCCUGGAGCCAAUACCAGACUGCUUACCACACAAUAUCCAUCUCACAGUGACUCCUCUUUGGCUACGGGCAGCUCAGAAGGCAGCCUACCCACCACCAUGGAAGAAGCGCUUAGUUUCAUUGUGUCCGCCCCUCAAAAUCCAGAGCUCCCUUUGCCCCUGAUAGACACGCUCCUUGACGAGGGCACUAGCCUCUCCACAGAGACCCUCAGACCCAGCCCACCAGCUGGCCAAAACCUCCACACCACCAGGGGGCACCAGCGUAGCAAGAGCAACUGCGGAGUCAACACAAGUGCAGGAAGCACAAGGCAAGGCUCCAUCGAUCCCUCUGAUGAGGAUUUUGGGAUGGUACGGUGCAGCUCUAACCAGACUUGUGACAGCCAGCAACUCUCUGAGACCCCGAGUAGCCUUUCUCUCACGUCGUUGCUUCUGCCGAGCUCUCUAGUGCCGACGUCUGCGAAAAAGUGCAACAGCACCGGCAGUUUGGACCUUGCAUCCCAAGAAACGGAAGGAAAGCAUGUUUUUGCAAAAGAGCCGCAGGGUAAUCUCACCAGCCCCUGGAAAGAGAGGAAGGAAGGGGGAAGAGAGAGGCAGUCUGAAGCAACGCAGGGCAAGGACGGGGAAAGUACAAGCCAAAUAACAAUCGUAGGCUCUAGUAAAAAUAGAUGAAACUCUACCUAGUGUUAGUUUUUUCUGAGGCCAACUAACCUGUCUCUGUUUUUUCAGAGAGUGGUAUGACUUGUGGCUCUCCAUCAAAAAAAAAUCUCUCUAUCUCCCUGUUUUCAUUUGUGACCUGUUACCAUUUUGUAUUUGCUUGGACUGGUUUCAGUAAGCGUCCGACAGGGCUGUAGAGUCACCGGGUGGAGGGAUUUGAGAGAAGCGGAUCAAUCCUUCAGUGCAUGACUAGACACAGAAGGGAUUGUGCACGCAGCUGUCUGUACAACCUGAGCGAUCAUUUCAGGGAGACAAUAAGCAGUACAGGCAAAGCAUGCCAUAUGCAGGAUCGUGUGAGGAAUUGGGUUGGUUAAAAAGAUAAAUCAAAUGAAUAUAAACAUAUAGAGAGAGAGAGAGAGAGAGAAAGAGAGCAACCAGAGAUGAAUAGAGUAAGGAAGUUUUCUUCUGGAUUUAGGAUUAAAUUUGGUGAUAAUAUUUACAACGAUUUAAGGACAUUACACAUUUUUUGCAGUUUAUGCAUUUAUUUGUCAGUUUGUUUUUAUGUAGUUGAGGUGAGAGAAAGGCCUUCCACCUUAAGGAUAUGUCUGUCGCAUGCUGUGUGUCUUGCCUGUCUGUCCUAGUAUUUAUUUAUUAUUUAUUUAUUAUUAUUAUUAUUUAUUUAUUUAUUGUUUUUAUUAUUAUUAUUAGUUAUAUAUUUAAUUAAAAGGGCAAAUGUAGAAAUGUUCUACCUUUUGCAUUGGGAGGUAAGGAAAAUAUCGACAAAAGAACAACGAACAGUCCACUGCAUGAUGGAGUCUCUCCAACCGAACAAAUACGAAACAACACCAAGAUGUCAAUUCUGGACAAAAGCAGCAAGGUUUUUACUCAGAUAUUUUUUAUGAAUAUGCUCUGGAUUAAAAAAACAGGUGACAUACGUCAGUUUGUCACUUUGUCCUCUCCACAACCCCGAAACAUUUCUCUAUGUGACUUUAUUCCCUGCAAGUGGCUUCCAUUUUUAUAAUUGUGGUUAAGUGGAGGGGACUUUUUGUAUGCUUGAGUGCAAAGGACCAAAGGAUUAAACAAAAAAAAAAGAGAGAAAAAAACAUGGAUGUUGGACUGCGGAUUACUAUUAACUCUUGGAUAUUUGAAGGUUGAAAACAGCCAGACAAAGGAUGGUGAACAGGCCAUGGGAUCUAAACGCUUGGAGCUUCUACUGUAUGUUGUCCCUUGGAUGGCAUGUCAGAUGAGUACAACUUAAGACUUAGUGAUAUUUCAUUUGGAUAAAACAGUAAUUAGGUUAAUUGGAUUUGCAACAGAAUCAAUGAUUUAUAUGUGAAUUUUCUUUAGCAUGGUUACUGGAUUUCAAUAGGGCACCUCUUACUUAUUAUUCCUCCUCUCAUUUGAUCUUUACUCCAUGUAGCUCCAGUAGAUUUAAUUGGUCACUGUAUUCAUGUGCAAAUGGAGAAUUUUUUGAAACCAUUAGUAUGACACUACAAAUACCCAUUGUUGAACCUGUUUAGUACCCCUGUUUUAUUUUUUUUUUCUUGCAUUUUACACAAUCCAGGUGAAUUUCAAAAUGAGGCUUGACCUGUUGAUGAACUUCAUGUCAUUUGAUUGGUUGUGAUUGUCUAUACAUGAUUUCUGUACAUUACAUUAGUUGUGUUGUGGUUAAAUCAGGAGCAAGUGCAGGAUUGUCGUAAGCUUGCCUGUUCCGUUCAUGGUGUUGCCGCUGUAUUAAAUGUUUUUCAGCAGAACACGAUAACAAAGGGCUUACUCACUUUUCGAGGUGUUCUUGGAUCAAUUUUGCUAUUAGUGUGCAUGACUUCAAAGGUUAGUCUGACACUACAGCAAUAAAAAGUAGCUAUGUGUGCCCCAAAUAUACAUAAUGAUGUCAAAGUGAUUCUUUUUUAUAUUUCUAGUAUAUAACCUUCGUAAUUAGAUGCACCGUGACCUAAACAGUCAGUUUUAUCGCUUGCUUUUUUGUCGCACCCGGACAGGGGACGGUGUCAUACUGUACCUGCAUGAUGUGAGGGCUGAUGAAAUCGCAUUAUAAAUGUCCAAUCAUUUGAAAUAAACUGGCUGUAAAUGAUUCAGAUGAGCAAAUUAAGUUAUUUCGAACUCAGGGCCUUGGAAAAUACCACUACUAACUGCUCUGUUGCCAAGUCCAGAAGGACUGUGUGUUUAAUUUUAACAUUGAUUUAUUUUGAGAUUAUGACAGAUCAGUAUCGGUGGCCAGUUUUACAUUACACUCUCAGGAAAUGUACAAACGCUGUCAUUGGCAUGGUAGCUACCCUUUAAAAACAUCCCAAUAUGUACCAUUUAAGUAGAGAUAUGCAGGGUUCCCAGUUCCCACAUGUCCUUAUAAUCCUUGAAAGUUUGUGAAUCUGGAGGGAAAAUUCAAGGCCCUGGGAAGUUUUUGAAAAUGUAUAGAUACAGGUCAUUGAAAUUGUUUGAAUCUAUUUUAUUCAAGAAGUUUAAAUCCCUGUGUAGUGUAGGAUAAUAUCAUAAAAAUUCUACACUUUUUAAGCACACAUGCUAAACUGUUCGCUUUAAAUGCUUAUAUCUUCUGUAUGCGAAUGUUGAUUCAUACCAAAACGCUUUUUUGCAUAGUUGUGAUUGGCACAUGAAAACGUCUCGGGUUACGUAUGUAACUGUUGUUCCCUGAGAAGGGAAUGAGACGCUGCGUCUCCCCUGCCAUACUUCCUGCGUCCCUGUAACGCCGUCUUUGGCAAUAUUUCAGAUAGCGAUAUACUUCCUGGCUCCCUCGUCACCAUGUCUUUGUCGUUAAGCCUCACCAUUGGUUGAAUUUGAUAUACACAUUCAGACGCACUUACCUCUGGAGGCGUCCCCAAAGUGUCACUGUUAGUCCUUGAAUUUGAGGGUUUUGUACCUGGAAAGUCCUUGAAAGGCCCUUGAAUUUUAAGUUAACUAAGGUGUGGGAACCCUGUAUGUAUACAUUUGGUACCAAUAUGUCUUUUAGGUACUAAUAUGCACCCUUUAGGUACAAAGGUGUGCUUUCUGAAAGGGUACCAUUCAUGUGACAGCGUUUGUGCGUUUUUCUGAGAGUUUAGGAAUGUGCUUAGCUAUUGGUGACGGUGUAACUUGUUACUGUAUGUAGCUUAAUAUGGAUGCACUUAAGAAUGGAUUUAUUUGUUAAGCGUCAUUUCAUAUUCAUGAAAUGUUUAUGUGCGUUGAUCUUCAUUAACAGUAUAGAGUGAUGGGUGAGGUUUUAUACAAAAUUUGAUGUGUUUGGUCAACGGGCUGAACAUAUGUAGAUCCUUUUAUAUAUUGAAUUGCAUGUGUGCUAUGAUGACCAAUGCCAAUGAUACUGUACAUGCAUUUUAAAGGUGUCCAAAGCUCCCAUAGCUUUGAUUAUUUUUCCCACCCCUAAGAUCUUCCAUUAGAAGUUGAAUCUGUAUUGAAGUAAACCCACAUUUCCCCGCAACCAUGUUUUAUUGAUAAAACUACUUUACCCAUGAGACAGCUGCGGUCACAGUUUGAGCUGGAACAGUUGACUGAAUUUCUCCAUAGGCACCAGUCAAAGCACUGCAGUAGCUUAGAUCAGUUUCUUUUUUGUUGCAUAAUACCCCAUGGGUUGGGUCGGGUUAGCAAACUUUUGGGUAAGGUGAGCUGACCUGACCCGUGGGGUACCUAGCAACGCCAUUAUAUGCCAGAAGAGAGAUUUACAAUUCUUGGAUUUGCCGCUUUCCCCAUGUAGCAUGGUCCUUGUGAAAAUUUAAAGACGAUAGGUUCUGACAGUAAGCCUGCUUGGGAAUGACCUUGUGGUGGGUCAGAAAGCUCUGAAGUGUUGUUUCUCCACCUAAACAUCUCUGCCCUCCAGCUAACUGUCCUUUAAAUGUCAGCCGCUCCGAAUCACAUCUGCACACUUACAGGGCCAUGGUGUCACCAGCCUAGGGAUCUUCAGAAACGUGCUGUUUACGGAUCAUAUCUGAAUCUUUAAUGUUAACAUUUGAAAAAAAAAUGUUUUGCACCCAAAUGGUGAGGUGCAUACAGAUGGCAUUUCUGUAACUGCAGUUUUUGUUUCUUUUGGAAAGUUAUGGAGGUCGUAUCCUUUUUAUUUGACUCAAAUAAGCUCCGGAUCGUCCUUAUCUAAUCAUUACAGCACUGGGUGAGAGUCUGUGAGAUGUAUGGAGAACCUCUGACACCAUGGCUGCAUCGUUUUUUAUCUCGAGGUUGAGUAAUUACCCCGUCUGCCUGGAAUAAAGCAAGCGCUAAUCGCUAAGAAAAGUCAUACGGGUAAAAUAAAAAUGAUCCUCCUACUUAAAGACCAAAAAAUUAUUUUAAAUAAUGACCAGGGCACCCCUGAGAGGACAAUGAGAGAUAUACACAUAUGGUGUACCGUAUAGCCUUUCAUGUGUCUCUAUUGUCUGUACACUUCUGUAUUUGAAGGAAAAAAGAAAUGGUACGAUUGAUUUGUGGGUGUUGUAUUUUUGGACCAAAUUGCAGCUUGGUGUACUCAAGUGCAGCCCUGAGUAGGUGUGUUUGAGGUCUCUCUCUCUCUCUCUCUCUCUCUCAUUUGGUUUGUUUGGCAGUUACUAAAUCAAGGCACUAGCACUCCGUCAUCAGUAAGCACAUCAAUUCACACACCUAAAAUAUGAUGUUCUGCUCACACACACACAUACCAGUUUCGUCAAUGUGACACAAAACAAAUCGCUCUUGACAUGCCGCUCAAGCUCCAUUACUGCAGCUUCAGCGCAUUUAUUGAAGAUAAGAAAAAGAUGAGAUAAAAGACAAAACAAAAACACGACCCAUAAACAGAGGACCGAAUGUAAUCUUCUAUGCCUGUCAAUCUUCCCCAGUUGAUGCAUUGUUGAUACAAACCUGCGCUGAUGUGAGUAAUGUAAGCCUGACCUUACAGACAGCAUCGCAGACGAUAGCAAAAAAAUCUAAAUGAAAAAAAAUAUUAAAACAUUCUAAAUAACAAUCAAAAUUAAAAGGCAUGUCAUGUUGCUUUUAUCAAAAUAAAAACAGGUGUCCAGUUAACAGGUGUCCUCUGCUGUGUUUUGGCAGAAAUGUAUUGCAUGUCAGUGGUGAAAGCUGGCCACCAUUAGCUGCCAAAAAAUAUUACAAUGUAAUAGACAUUUUAAAAAAGGCUAAAUAGGAAAAAUGUGACCCUGUCUUUGAAAUCCAAGUUAAAUUCUCAGUCUAAUUAUGAGAUUUGAAGCAUCAAAGUUUUAUUUUAAUCAUUGAUUUCAAUCUUUGACAUGACCUUACUCAGUCAGUAGGCCUAUUAAACAUAUCAAGUUUAUAUUUUCACAGAAUGGUCUUUACAUUAUGUAGUUUUCACAGGCAGGGUCACAAAUACUUUUUGACUAUGUUAUUUUAAUAAUUUUGAUAAGGAUUGGGCCUGUGCAGUUAAUAGUAAUAUCAAAAUAAUUUUAUAUAUGCCAAGCAAUUGCUAUAUAUAUUCAUUUGGUGUAAGAGUCUGAUCCCUGAAACAAAGCCAGUUGACAUCCACUGUCAUCUGUGUUUGUAGAUCACCCAGCUUUGGCCUUGAUGUCCAUUCCAUAGACAGCUGUGUGUUAGGAUUUUAAAGCAACACUAUGUAGUUUCCAUGUAAAAAUUACUUACAGCUCCCCCAUGUGGUUGAAAAGCGCAACAGUGCCUGGUAUCAGACACUCUUCUGCAGGCAGGGGGAGGGGCGGGGCUGUGUUUCCUACCCUCCACCACCACUUUCAGAGUGUGCUUGUAGCAGCUAGGAGGUUGCUCAGGUUGCAGCAACAGUAAAAAUUUGUCCAGUUAAAAGUUGUUCUAUCACUGAAAUAAUUUUAGAGACAUUAUUUAAAGGUAGAAAAACUACAUAGUGUUGCUUUAAUUGAGAUAAGAUAGGCUGAUAGUCUUGUCAUGCACAUAUUGCUUCACAAGUGCUUUGAGUCAGGUGUUAUUAAGAGAUGAGGUCUGAAUUUGGAGCUUGUUUUGUUUUAUUCCCACCGGGGGUACAAGGACUGAAUGAGUCAGAUAGAGAUCUGUUUCCCUGUGGACCAUCUUUUCAUCGCUAUGCAGGUUUUUUGGAUAUAACAUAAUUAUGCUUGUGUUAAAUUAACCUUGCCAGGCCCGAAUGACAAUUUUCUGUUAAAAAGCUUUGUAUGCAUGGUAGUGUUCAUCAAUAUUCAUGUUUUGCAAAGCUUGUUAAUGCAAGUUCAAUUUCAGUUAAUCAAAUUCACACUUUGACUCGCAUCUGUUACGUGUAUGUUUAAUGACCUCCUUUUGCUAAUGAAUAUGGAUCCAUUUUUUCUUACCUUAAAACAAACUGUUACGAUUUUUACCUCAUCAGACUUGUAGAAACCUUCAGCAAUGUGAAAUGAGACAGCAGGAGUUUUAGGUCCCAGAACCCUACUUGGCAACAAAAGAGAUGAUCUUUCUUAGGCGUGAAACAUUACAAGUUAUUGUUUGUAAUGACGGGAUCAUAAUUUUUGUUUGGAUGAGACAACGCUGUGGCUGUCUAGGCUUGUCAGUGAUCACUGCAGCUGCAUCAUAAAGUGUCAAAUCUAGUUAUUAGGUUUGCACAGACUCACCUUGCCUUUGAUUGAAUUACGGCAGCAUAGUAAGAAUCUAAACUAGAGAAGCACUACAAAAUGCACCAUUUAUUGUUCGGUUGGAUGAACUGAACAACUGAAAUAAAUAUUUAAACGUCCAGAGCUUUCAGAUCAUAGUGUUUGCUAGUUUUGUUUUAAAGCUCACAUAACACACACGUUAACAGAAUAGUAUUACAUCCUUCGUAUAUUCAAAGCGUCUUUAGUUUUAUCAGAUUUAUAAAAGACAGAUCAGCUCUACCAAUUGUUUCAGAUUAAACCUCAGCUCCUGGGGGCACGAGCAAGCAACACAAACAAAAUUUAAUCCCACUAUCUCUAAAUAACUUAUUAUUUAACAGUGCCUCCAGAAAAACGCGAUUAUGCGAUCGCAUGAUUCAACGCAUAAUUAGCCAAAGUCUGCAUAUUUAUGCGGGGCCACAUUUUUUCAAAUACGCCGCACUUUCGCAGCAUAAAUUGCAGAUGUCUGUGCACAAAAUAUGCGGGGCUUGCAUGACUUCAUAAUCCCCGCAUUUUGGUAGCAAAAAUCACAUAUAUCAUAGCAGAAAGUUGAAAAAUGUUACAUUUACUUCACACAAGCGCAGCCAUGUCCCCUGUUGCCAUGGGAACGUUAUGAAGUGACGUGAUUAUGUGACGUGACCAUCAUUCAAAAGCUGCAAACAGUUUUUGCAAGUUCCCCCAGUUUUUGCUAGUUCCCGCAAUUUCAUCGCAUAAAAUUGCAUAAAUAUCCCACAUAUCCCAUCGCAUUUUUUAAGAAAACGUGCCGCAAGAUCAAGGAUUUUUACCCGCAACAAUUCUGGAAGGACUGAUUUACUACAUGUUCAUAUUAUUUACAUUAUAUGCACUUGCACGCCAAUUGUCAACAAAUCACAGACAUUUGAUUCUGUUUUACUUACCGCCUGCAACUCAUGAACUUGGUUGGGACCGCCCCAUUUCAACAAAAUAAAUUAAUUAGAAUAAAUAAACUAUAUCCAUUGUUUCUAUAAUGCCAGGUUCAUUGGGAAGCUGAACAAGCUUAAAUUUACCUCACAAACAACAACACACUUCUUUGGUGACGUUGAUUUCCUAACAGCUCUUGGUUGUUGUGUGCCUGCCUAUUCUGGUUAAAGUGCCCAUAUAAGGACUUCCACUGUACUUCCUGCACUGAAAUUACCCAUUAAAGAAAUAAAGCAAGAUUGUUAUGUAUGAAUCUUCAUGUUCGGAAAAAAAAUUGAGAAACUAAUACGAACCGUGGCGAAGUGCAUUCGGUAUGUCACACAUCCACCUGGUUUUUUGACACUUUGGAUAUGUUUAGCAUAAGGAAUCCAACUGUAAAAUGAUGUUAAUAAGUCAGAAUGAAUGAACUAGCUUGCAAAUGAGGUAGUUAAAUACAAAUACUGUUACAGUGGCAAAUGAAACGCCAUCUGAAAACACUAACCAGAUAAAAAUUCUCUCUCAGGGCUGCUGUGUAAAGCCGAGGACAAUAAUCUGAAAUCAGAGCCUUUUCUUUCCAGAAAACACCAUUGUAAAAGUAGUUUCAAGCAAUAGACGAUGCUUGAUGCAACAAUUUAUGUCAGCUUAUUUGUAGAGAAUAGUGUUUUCAACCAAAACAAGAAAUAACCUCAAAAACAUAUUUCAGAAAAACAAGCACACUAGCAUUUAUUUCUAAGCUUUAAUGUUUUCAUUAGUUCAUUGAUGUCUGCUUAGUUGCUGCACAGGAGCUCAGUGCAAGAACAAAUCAUAAUGUUUAUUUCAAGCAUGUCAAAUCUGUUUGUCUGUUUAUGCUACACUGACAAUAAUUAAGCGAGUAGCGUGUGUACCCCGAAGACAGUUAGUUUUCAUCUCUUCAUGCACUUGAUUAUUUACAGGUAUAAUUCAUACAUUUCAAAGACUUGAGUCAUUACUCACUGUCACUGUGACAAGCGUCUUUUUGUUUCUAUUUAAUUUGAAUUUUUGCAAAUGGGUUAAGCAUAUUGGCUAUCCUGAUUUCCAGGGCAAGACCGUCGUUGCACUUGGCACAUUCUGUUAAAAUGUUGCAGUAAAUAUUAUUAAUUGUGCUGUAUGGAAGUACCACACACAAAAAUGCAUUAUACAUACAGGGCUUUCAGUAAAUUUGCUGAGCUGCAAAUUCUUACGCUUGGUCACUCAUGGUUUUUUAGUUGUCUGUGCCAAAGCCUCACAGAGCAGCCGCUCAUAUUGGCUUGUGUUUAUAUGGUCGUCUUUCCUUACUGUUUGCUAAAUGCCUCCCUAAUGUUGUGACAUAAAACAUCAAUAUCGUCACGCGAGAUUGCAUUCAUGAUUAUGUUUGAUGUGAGUUCGGGGGUCGUUCAUUCGUCUGCUUGAAUGUUAUUUGCAGCUUUAAAGCUGCAUGUGGAUCACAAUUAAAUCCUUUGCUUUUUUCCUUGAUGUUAUGUAGUGUCGCAGAUUAACUCAAUGACAAUCUCAUCUGUUUCCAUUAGCAAGUCAAGUAUUCAUAUACUGCAUAUAAGAGAUUCUACCAACACUGUUUUGCCUGGGCUGACAUUAAUGCAAACAAAAAAUCGCUAGCAGUUUAUUCCCAAUGUGUCAUGUAAUAAUGAUUCUGGCCUAUUGUGAGAGAAAGAAAAGAGACGCAAUGAUAGAAUUUGUCUGUUUUCAUAAACUGAUGCACAGCUACUGAGCUGUCACAACAAAAUGCUCUCACCCGCUCUCUCUCGUGGAAAUGUUUAGCAGCGCGUGGCUGUGUUGUGCGCAUUUCGAGUUGACUCUGACUGCUGGUUCACCCUAGGCAAGGGCCCUCGGGAGUCUAUUACAUAUUUAUCAUGACAAUUAGGAAGUCUGCGAGCCAAGGGCCUUUCAAUUUAAAAUGGCCGCGUGCAUUGCUGCAGUCUCUGUACUGCGUGAGCCACAUAUUUUCAAAGCUGCUUAUCUCCAGUGUUGCUUUUGUUGCAUGCUUCGUGAAUGCACGAGAGAUACUCGAACCCUCCAUUACAGCUACAAGCUCAGUGUUCUGUACGUCUUCAACAAGAGCUCAGCCACUCCUUUUCACUGUACAACUCUGCUUUUGUUGAAAAUUUCUGCUCACGGGGCGCAUGAGAGAGGGUAUUUGGUCUGAAAAGCAGUGAUAAGGGAGCACACAUGCAGAAUGCAAGCACACAAACAUCAGACAUCUACAAACCAAGGAUGAAAAUAGCUCUUGUUUGUCUGGGUGACAUAUGCUGUAUAGCCCCAGGUUACAGGAUGCCAGUGUAAAGCCAGCACCUUCUGCACAGGAUGUUAUUGUAGUAUUACUAAAUGAUACAACGUGCACUUAGCCAUUCAUGAAGAGCAUAAGAAAUUACAGUUGAAAAAUAAAAUCUAUUCGCUAACGUUUAUAUUGUGGACGUGUACACUGCUCGCUUUUGUUUGUAAAAAAAUAUAUAUCAACCAGGGGCGUCAUGCACCAAUUUUUUAAAGGGGGCACAGUGUGCACAGCUCACAGAAAUUUGUGCAUACACAGACAUCAAACAAAAUAUUAUAGAGCUUUCAGUCUUUUUCAUGGCACUUACAUUUCUAACAAUCUAAACAUCCCUGCUUUCAUGCAAAAACCUCCAAAAUAAACGCGUUGACUAACUUUUAUAUCAAAUACUAUGUAAUUGGAAUAAUGUUCAGUUCAGUUCAUCUUUAUUUAUUUCCCGAAGGCAAUUUGGUUGCAGCAAACAGGCAUACACAUAAAACACUGUCACACAUACAUACACAAGAAAUGACAUAUUGGUAUCAUAUUGACAUCUGAAACAGAAUGUUUUGUUUAUUUAAGUUUUAAUAAAUGACUUGUUUAAUUGUGUCAUUAAUGCAUUUUGCACAACAACUGCAUUAUCCUAUAAAAUUAAUGUAAUUUUAAAUCCAUAAAGUAUAUAAACAACGAAAAUGAGAUAAGAUAUACCCAUGUGAUCUACAAAAAUGUAUAGACAAAAUUAUUAGAGGAAUGCAUUAUUGCAUCUUAUACCUUGGGUCUGUUGAAAGCUGUAUUCUGAUUGGCUGAGAAAUGUUCCGUGGGUAUGCAUUAAUUUCUGAUAACUGCACACCUAACUUGUCAAAUGUCUUAAAAAUAGGCACCAGAGCAAUGUUUGUUGUAACCGUGGUAUAAGAGGAAUAAUUGACUCCUCUUCGCGUCGUCCCGCAUUGCCGUGGGGGUGUGCAUCAUUUUCUUCUAAUUCAAUGGCCCGUCGUCAAUUAUUCCUUACAAAUUUUACUUCAUAUGUGAGCAUGUGUGAUUCUGCGCCCUUGUGAACUCUGGCGAACUUGGGCGUUGCACCAAGAUGAAUCUAGAAAUCUACUAAAAUAAUGUCGAGACGGUCACAUUUUAAACCAUACAGGAGGUUAACUGCACAUUAAAGUACUGGGGAUUGGAAAUGUUGUGAGUGUUUCUUACACGUUUUAAUUCCUCAGAUAGCAAAAUGCAGCAGCACAGAUACAGCACAGAAUUGAUAAUAUUGUGCAUAUUAAACAGAUUAAAGGUCAAAUAACAGAUUAAUGGACGCUUCUUUGAUUUUGAGGUUGCAUGCAAAAUCCAUUUGGCUCAAAAAAAUAACCCACAGUUUGAAUGGGCAUGACGCCUCUGAUAUCAGCAUUUUUAUGUUGCUGUAACUUAGAAAAGGUCUUUACAAAGUGAUUGAAUACAUAAAAAAGUGCACAACCUGGCAGGCCCCUAAAAUAUCUGAGCCAGUAUUGUAAGGGUCCUAGUCACUUUCUACAGUAGCAUUAGGUUAUGUACCAACGGUCCAUGCAUGACUAAAUGGGUAGUUACAUGAGCAUCUUGUAUUAGCACUCUGAUGUCUGCUUACUUUGAUGUUUGGGAAGAUAGACAGAAAGGAUGGAUGGAUAGCGAGAAAGAUAAGUGAGAGAGGUAAUAGAGGAAGGAGAAAAAUAUGAGAGAGCAAGAUGAAAGCGAUUCUGACUUUUAAGGUUUCUGUUUGCAUGUUUUUUAUGUAGCAUAAUCUAUAAUGUGAAUCAUGAUGUGUGGAAAUAUUGAGAAGUGUGAAACAGAUUCUUUAAGUAUAUGGACACAAACUCAACCAUUCAGUCCCAUCUAAGGUGCAAUUGAAUAUCAAUGUUAUUGUCUACUGUCUAUUGCACCUGCACAUAGCCUAGGCCUGAACCCCAUUAUAAACCUUUAGGAUUUGAUUUGAACGCCGUGUCCCAUUAACCAACUUCCCUGAUUGACCUCAGUGAUGCUCUGAAUGAGAGUAAAUCCCCACAGCAAUGUUCAGACAUCUAGUGGAAUUGCAAGCUAUUACAGCAAGAAAAGGAGGAUUUGCUAUUUACUGUAGUAACACAAAUAGUUUUUAAAUGUGUGUGGUGUGUGGUUUGUUUGGUCAUGUGGUAUAGUUGAGUUGCAUCAGAUUAGAGAUCAAGAUGGAGAUGAUUAUUACUUUUUAACUGUAAGAAGCACAGGCUUUAUAUUUCACAUUCAUUAACAGUUGUUAAAACAAUCUCACGUAUAUCACGAGUCCAACGCUUACAAAAAAUGUGCUCAAGGUGUUUUUCAAAAUGUUUUAGUGUGAAUUUUGUGUGAAUUCCAUGUAAAUUCAAAUGUGAAAUGAUUUGGAUUACAUUUCCCUUUGGAAAACGCCACCAUAUGAACAUCACAACACUAUAUGUUACACCAUAUGUCUUAACAUUAACAUAGAAAUCCAAGUGUUUUCUCUGUAAGAGAAUGCAAUGAUUGAUUCAUUAGAUAUAUCAAUUAGAAGUCGAGGUAAUAUAGAUAGAUUACAUGGGUCAUGAGACCGCAAAUGUCAUACUUUCUUGUCAUACUUUCAUACCCGGGUAGCACACAGACCAUUAGCUGCCUCAUAGUGUUUACACAGCAGCCAAUGGAGUGAGAAAUCAAAUGAAAGUUUGAAUGUGUGAGCUGUUUUAUUAAAGAGACACAGAAAGGGGGGAGAUUGACUGUUUGGAGCCAAACAGACACCUUACAGUCAAAAAAACAGUAUUUCAAGUGUAUUAUGGGUUUGUGGAAUAGAUUUUUUUGACGUAUGUAACGUUUUGAAAAUUGAGAGCACAGAAAACAACUAAAGAGAUGUAGAUUUGUGCAUGACCAUGCAUCGUGUGGUUAUGAUAUUUAAGGGUGCUUUUAUCUCACAAACCACAAGUAGGAGGUACUUCCUAUGAGUAAGCCCGUUCAGGAGAGCUGUCACUCAAAAUCAUCGGGGGCGUGGCAUUUCUCACCGCCUCUUCUCUGGCUUUCUGCUGCAGUUUCACUGAUUUUAUCAUGUUUGAGAGGCUGUUUAUAUCAGAGACUUUAUGAAUAUACAGUAUAUAUACAGUAUAAAUAUAUAUAUUGAUAUGUAAACAUAACACUUUAUUUUUGCUUUCUUUGUACUAUAUUGUCCAAAUGAAUCAAUUGCUUUAUUUUGUUGAUUCUGUUCAUAUUAAAACCAAACAAAAAGUUGUGCAAUAAUGAACAAUGGGGGAAAAUACAAGUUGUAAAUUAGUGUAUAUAUUCAGCCUGGUGGCAAUAAAGAGGUGACUUCCAAAACGUUUGGAAUGAUUUGACGGAGAACAGAGACUGAGGCGUCCUGUCCUCUUUCACCUUUGUACAUGUACCACCGGUCCUGCUUAAGAUUUCAUUGUAAAAUGUAUUGUAUGAAAUAAAA